GAUGGCGAUUGAUACAAAGCAGCGUUUUAACUGAAAGAGGUGGGUGGUUCUUCACAGCAUAAAGACCAGCGUUUUCUCAAAACCCAGAACGCUUACAGAACGAGAGUGAAAGCAGAGAAGAGGGAUCUUAGGUUUACUACAUAGUUUGGUGUUGAAUUGAUCGGUAGAAGAAGAGAAGAUGAGAGAAAUCAUAAGCAUCCACAUAGGUCAAGCUGGGAUUCAGGUCGGAAAUUCAUGUUGGGAACUCUACUGUCUCGAACAUGGCAUCCAGCCUGAUGGGUUGAUGCCAAGUGAUACAUCGGUGGGUGUUGCACAUGAUGCUUUUAACACCUUCUUUAGUGAGACUGGUUCAGGGAAACAUGUCCCUAGAGCUAUAUUUGUUGAUCUAGAGCCAACUGUUAUUGAUGAAGUUAGAACAGGGACUUACCGUCAGCUUUUCCACCCUGAACAACUUAUCUCUGGCAAGGAAGAUGCUGCUAAUAACUUUGCAAGAGGUCACUAUACAGUUGGGAAGGAGAUUGUUGAUCUUUGUCUUGACCGAGUGAGGAAGCUAGCUGAUAACUGUACUGGUUUACAAGGGUUUCUAGUUUUCAAUGCUGUUGGUGGUGGUACUGGUUCUGGGUUAGGUUCCUUAUUGUUGGAACGUUUGUCAGUAGAUUAUGGAAAGAAAUCUAAGCUUGGUUUCACCAUCUAUCCUUCUCCACAGGUCUCAACAGCAGUUGUUGAACCAUAUAACAGUGUUCUUUCAACACAUGCUCUCCUUGAGCACACAGAUGUAUCUGUACUAUUAGACAAUGAGGCGAUUUACGAUAUAUGUCGUAAAUCUCUAGAUAUCGAGAGGCCGACAUAUACCAAUCUUAAUCGAUUGAUAUCUCAAAUCAUAUCAUCACUGACAACCUCCUUGAGAUUUGAUGGAGCUAUUAACGUUGAUAUUACAGAGUUCCAGACUAAUCUUGUCCCUUACCCACGUAUCCAUUUCAUGCUUUCCUCUUAUGCACCUGUAAUCUCGGCUGAGAAAGCUUACCACGAACAGUUGUCUGUCCCCGAGAUUACAAAUGCUGUUUUUGAGCCAUCGAGUAUGAUGGCCAAGUGUGACCCUAGGCAUGGUAAAUACAUGGCUUGCUGUUUGAUGUACCGUGGAGAUGUUGUUCCCAAGGAUGUUAACGCUGCUGUAGGAACUAUUAAGACUAAGCGAACCGUUCAAUUUGUUGACUGGUGCCCAACUGGGUUCAAGUGUGGAAUAAACUACCAGCCUCCGACUGUCGUCCCGGGAGGGGACCUUGCGAAGGUACAACGAGCGGUGUGCAUGAUCAGCAACAACACCGCAGUUGCAGAGGUGUUCUCUAGAAUUGACCACAAGUUCGAUCUUAUGUAUGCGAAGAGGGCAUUCGUUCACUGGUAUGUAGGUGAAGGAAUGGAGGAAGGAGAGUUCUCUGAGGCCCGUGAAGAUCUGGCUGCUCUCGAGAAAGAUUAUGAGGAAGUCGGUUUGGAAGCUGUGGACGAAGAGGAUGAAGUUACCGACUACUGAUAGCCUGUGGUCGUUUAUGUAUGGUUCUCUUGCUUAUCUUGUAAUCAAUAUUCUACGUUUCCACGUUUCCAUUUGUGUAUUUCUAGUUUCUACUACUCUGUAGUCUCUUUGAACUCUUUGAUUCAUGACCGUUUCUAAAUAGGCUAAAGUCAACUUGUCUUUGUUGAAAGUUGAAACAUUAAGCUUUAAUUAUUAUUAUUCCAUCCUAUU